AUGGUGAAGCUCUUCUGUGCGGUCGUAGGUGUGGCAGGCAGCGCGUUCUCGGUGCGAGUAGAUGAGAGCGACACGGUGGACGACUUGAAGAAGGCGAUCAAGGCGGAGAAGACGAACGACUUCAAGGACAUCGACGCAGACAAGCUGGAGCUCUACGUGGCGAAGAGGGAUGGUGAGUGGCUGACGGAGGCAGACGUCAAGAGCGGACAUCACGGGCCUCGUGCGGUUGGAAGUGGUGCGGCAGCAGGGAGAGGCCCGGUGAACGUGCUGGUGAUGCUUCCGGAGCAAGAACACGCACAAACUGAAUUGUGGCUUGUCACUGGGUCCGUUGACAACGCGCUGAACACGAAAGAGAUUCGCUGCAGGCUGUACCGACUGGCGGGGUCAUACCUUGGAUACUACGAUCCCAACCUUCGUGCUGGCGAAACCGACAAGGCGCUGUGGUAUGAUGAGGCGAUGCUGCGGAUCCAUGUUCUCUUCAAAGAAGAGAGGGAUGCUUUGCUAUUUGAAAACGAACUGCAGACCGAAGGUAUCAAGCAAACUUCCCCACUCGAUGGCCACACAAUCUCGACGACUGUAGCCCCAGUUUCUCGGGAGUUAAGCGAACUGCGACGCAUCGUUGCCUUGCAUUAUGUUCCAGAUGAUACCGAGUCCCCUCAAGUCUCAAUGACGUCUUUCUCGUCCAGCACCUCGAUCGUUGACGUGGCGACUGACGAAUUCAAGUACCAGCGUAUCGAGAAUGACGAGUGGUUCGGGACAGUGGGAAAGGCGCAGAGCUGUCAUGUGAUGUCCAGAGAGCAUUGCAAGAAACAUCCAAGCUACAAUAACUAUGACAACGACCCAAGCAAUCGCCUUGCUCUUUCUGCAGAAAUGCACGAGUGGUUUGAUGCUCGGUCGUUCACGGUGCCGACGCUAAAAAUUUCCGUCGAGUCCACAUCUGAAGGAUUUGUAAUCGGCAACAGAUACAAGAUCAAUUUGGUUGUGCGCGCGUGGAAUGCUGGAUUCGCAAAACUCAUCGCACUGCGAUUGAAAGAUGGCUUUGUUUUGUCGGAUGAUGGUUUGGAGAUGCGAACAUUCGUCUACGUACAGAACAAGAAGGUGUUUUGCGACUGCAUGGAGUGGAAGCGCAAAGAGACAGAGAAGAAGUGGAGAGAGUACGAUGAGAUGGCACCUGCUGUAGACUGA